AUGAAGUUCCUCAAUCCAUUCAGCUUCAGCCCGGGGCCCGUGACCUUCUGGACGACGGUAAUCUAUCUUGCCAUCACCAUACCGCUGAUUUACGUCCACGAAGUGGUGCCGCCUGUUCCAUCCGCCCAUUCUCUCAAGCAAGGGUUGAACCUGAGCGAGGCAUGGUUCGAUCUACAAACCAUCACGAAACAGUACCAUCCGUACAACAGUCGAGCAAAUGCCGAAGUCCGCGAAUACUUGAUCAAACGCUCUCAGAACAUCUUGGACCGGAAUGGCGUUCCUUACAAGACAGAGACAUCUGGAGGAGUGAUCUGGGACGACAAGUUCGAACAAUCUGCUGUUAGAGAAACCCUUGACGCGCCGAGAGCCAAUCGAGCGCCGGGUGCCACAAUCUUCGAUGACCGCAUUUCGAACGUGACUUGGACUGUCGACUCGCUGCUACAAAGCACAAAGGGCGGAUCAAAGACUUGGCAAGGCUACUAUUUCGAGGGUGACAAUUUUUACGUCUAUAUUCACGGCAAAGAAGACCCCGAGGGCGAUUGGUGGUCCUCUCAGGUUGGUGCUGCAAAGUACAGCCAGUCUGGCGGUGUCCUCGUCAACUGCCAUUUCGACUCUGUGUCAACCGGAUAUGGCGCCACUGACGACGGCGUGUCCUGCGUAAGCAUGCUACAGUUACUGAGCUACUUCACCACCGAGGGACACCAGCCGAAGCAUGGCGUUGUGCUCCUCUUCAACAAUGCGGAAGAAGACGGUCUCUUGGGAGCUCGUGCGUUUGGCUACAGCCCACUUCUCAAGUUUUGCCACACCUUUGUCAACUUGGAGGGAGCUGGAGCAGGAGGCCGUGCUAUGCUUUUCAGAACCACGGAUCUUGAAGCUGCCGAGGUCUACUCCAAGAGCCCUCAUCCCUUUGGAUCCGUUGUUGCGGCAAACGCGUUCGAGCGAGGAGUCAUCAAGAGCGGAACGGAUUUUGAAGUAUUCGCGCCCAACUUUGGACAGCGAGGCAUGGACAUUGCCUUUUAUCAUCCUCGCUCACGCUAUCACACCGAGGAUGACGAUGCUCGUCACACUUCUGUUCGCAGCAUUUGGCACAUGCUGUCUGCUGCUCUGGCCUCUACAGAGAGAUUCUCUGAGACUGGCAAGCCCACCGAGGGUGUCUAUUUUGAUUGGUAUGGCAGUGGAUGGUCAGCGUUCCCGCUUAGAGGGUUGUUUGCGUGGUCGCUGACGCUGCUCAUCGUGACGCCACUGGUCCUUGCCGUUGCCACGUUUUUGCUCAUUCGUUCUGACAAAUAUUACUUUUGGGCAAAGGACAUUCAGUUGGAGCACUCUGAGAUACAUGAUGACCCUAUUGCUCUCAGCGGAUGGCGUGGCUUCUUCCGGUAUCCUUUGGCCCUCAUCUUUGCCGUCGGUUUGACAAUCGGUGCUGUCCUCCUCGUUGCUAAAGUCAACCCACUCAUCAUUUACAGCAGCGGAUAUGCAGUCUGGGCUCAACUGUUGUCUCUAUUUUACUGCAGCUUCUGGCUCAUCAUGAGAGGCGCCAACUUUGUUAGACCAACUGCUCUCCAUCGCGGGUUUGCCCUCAUUUGGUUGUUUAUCCUCUCUUGGAUUGUUCAAGUCAUUGCCGCCCUAGCUGAAGAUCGCAUGCACAUCGGUGGAAUCUAUUUUACAGCAUUCUUCCACACGGCCAUCUUUGUGUCGCUCUUCAUUUCGCUGGUCGAGCAAUUCGCACUACCAGGAAAGCAAGAAUUUGCCAACCAGUAUCAAGACGACGCAGCCCCAGAACAUACUCGAAUUACCAGCUCUGAUAACACCAUCACUGGAAACGAAGACGAUCAAGACGAACAAGGGUAUGCAGCGGCAGAGAGUGCUACAGAGACGACGCCGCUGAGAGCUGGAGAACAGGGUUAUGGAUCGAGCGACCAGCCGACAUUUGCCAGCACUUACCGACGUUCGGCUCAGACAUAUGAUCAACCUGCUCCAUCGCCUCUGCAGAGUUACCCUCCGUAUGAACACGAACAGUCGUGGUCUGGACGACUGCCAACUUGGACUUGGAUAAUUCAGUUUCUCCUACUCGCCCCUAUCCAUGUCAUUCUGGUAGGAAAUCUCGGAUUGGUGCAGACUUCCGCAAUGGCCAUGAAUGGUGCCGAUGGUGGUAGUCUCUUGCCUCCCAUCAUGGGAGUCGGGAUCAUGGCAAUAUUGCUCCUGCUCCCUCUGACACCAUUCAUGCACCGCAUCACUCACCACGUGCCGCUAUUUCUCUUUGUCGUCUUCGUCGCCACAUUCAUCUACAAUCUUGCCGCUUUCCCAUUUUCCAAUAACGCUCGAUACAAAUUGUACUUUCAAGAAGUCAUCGACGUGGAUGCUGGAACAAACGUGGCUUCUCUGUCGGGCAUCCAUGAAUACGUUCACUCAGUCGUCUCCACUAUCCCAUCUGCUACCGGCCAAGAGGUUGAAUGCAAAGCAUCGACACGUUCGGGUCUUACUGCCUGCGAGUAUGAUGCGUCAUCUCUCCCGCCCUAUCUUGCGAAUGGCACAGAACUGAAAGAUUUGAUCACUGCGACGAGCUCAAAGUCACUUGACGGCAAGACUGCAAAUCUCAAGGUGGACGCCUUGGAUACCAAGAUGUGCAUUUUGAGCCUCUCUCAGCCUGUAUUUGGAUUUGAAGUCAAGGAUACAGCCCCCGCAGACCGCCGAUUUGGUACAAUCCCGCGCGAUGGAUUGCGAACCAUUACUCUCUUCCGACGAGAAUGGGAGGGGCCGUGGGACCUUACCUUGCAGCUGGCCACCGACGACGGCCGUGUCCUGCUGGGCGAUGAUGAUUUGGAGGUGACGGUGAGGUGUGCCUACAGCGACAUGAAUGAUGACAAGACGAUACCAGUGCUGCGUGAGCUCUACCAGUACAUGCCCAAGUGGGCAGUCAUCAGCAAGACGGCGGUUGGUCUUGUUGAAGUCAGGAAGAAGUUUACUGUAUCAUGA